GGCACGCGCUCUCACGUGCACACCUGCUCCUGGGCUGCGCGUCGCGUCCCGCGCUCCCCCAGGGAGGAGAAGAUUGAGGGAGGGACCAGAAGUGUGCAUAAUAUUCCUUCCUCCGUGGGACUGGCUGCGAGCAGGUACAGCAUCUCCACCGCAGUCCGCCGCUCAGCCUCCAGCUCACAGGAAACUUCUCGCAACGCAGUCGUGCAUACCACACACACACACACACACACACUUGCACACAGAGUGUAAACAGCUCGCUACAGGUCGCUUCACCCUUCGCCCCCGUCUGUCUGCCGCGUUGAUCCCUUCAGCAGGCCCCGCUUCUCCUGUCCGCAGCGUCCGCGAUGAGUUACUACAUGGAUCCUGUUUCUUCUGGUCCGGCUCUUCACCCCUGCGACCGCCUGGGCGCAAUGCGGCAUGGCGGAGGGGCAGCGUUGGGACCUCCGAACCACCACCCGGCCGUGGUUCACCCUCAGCAGCAGUUCUUCCCGUCACAGCCCCUUUACGUCCAGGACCGACCCCUGCAGGAGGUGCCCAACGGACAUGACCUGUGCCCCGCAGAUCCAGAGUGUGGCGACGUCCCCCUGCUGACUCCAGGAAGUAAAGAGAUGAUGUCCCAGGCUCUGAAGGCCACCUUCAGUGGCUUCACGAAGGAGCAGCAGCGGCUGGGUAUUCCCAAAGAUCCCAGACAGUGGACAGAAAACCACGUGGCCGCGUGGUUAACGUGGACCGUGAACGAGUUCAGUCUGAAAAUUGUCGACUUUGACAAGUUCUGCAUGAACGGAGCCAGCCUGUGUGCGAUGGGGAAGGAGCGCUUCCUGGACUUAGCACCUGACUUUGUGGGUGACAUCCUUUGGGAACAUCUAGAAAUGCUCCAGAAAGAGGAUGCAAAGCAUUACCCCAUCAAUGGACUGACCUCCAACUUCCAGGAAUCCCGUUAUACCUCAGACUACUUUGUCAGCUACGGUGUUGAGCAUGCUCAAUGUGUCCCUCCUUCUGAAUACUCAGAGCCCGGCUUCAUCACAGAGUCCUACCAGACGCUGCAUCCCAUCAGCUCGGAGGAACUGCUGACGCUCAAGUACGAGAGCGAAUACCCCGCUGUCAUCCUGCGGGACACGCCCCUCAACCCGCUGCAGGGGGACUACUUCACCGUCAAGCAGGAGGUGGUGUCCCCCGACAACAUGUGUGUGGGACGUCUCAGCAGAGGUAAGCUCGGUGGCCAGGACUCCUUCGAGAGCAUCGAGAGCUUCGAGAGCUGUGACCGAUUGACCCAGUCAUGGAGCAGCCAGUCCUCCUUCAGCAGCCUGCAGCGGGUACCUUCGUACGACAGCUUCGACUCGGAAGACUACCCCACUGCCCUGCACAGCCACAAGCCCAAGGGCACUUUCAAAGACUAUGUGAGGGAGCGCUCAGACCUCAGCAAGGACAAACCCGUCAUCCCAGCGGCAGCGCUGGCAGGAUACACAGGCAGCGGCCCCAUCCAGCUGUGGCAGUUUCUCCUGGAGCUCCUGACCGACAAGUCUUGCCAGUCCUUCAUCAGCUGGACAGGGGACGGCUGGGAGUUCAAGCUUUCUGACCCAGAUGAGGUCGCUCGGAGGUGGGGCAAGAGGAAAAACAAACCCAAGAUGAACUAUGAGAAGCUGAGCCGCGGCCUGCGCUACUACUACGACAAGAACAUCAUCCACAAGACGUCGGGGAAACGCUACGUCUACCGCUUUGUGUGUGACUUAAAAAGCCUGCUGGGGUACACGCCCGAGGAGCUGCACGCAAUGCUGGACGUAAAGCCCGACACGGACGAGUGAAGGCAAAGACAAAAGUUUUAGGAGACAUGAGGACUGGGGCUCAUAAAGUGGUCUUAACUAUUUCGAUAGUCGGUAAACCGUUUUUUUUUUUUGGUUUUGUUUUGAAGGGCAGAAAUGUUUUUAAUGACCGACCGUGGUCUUUGUCAACUUCAAGCUCCUGUCUCUGUUUCUGACCAUGUUUUAAAGAAGGCACAAAAUGUGCAUGCGUGUGUGCGUGCGUGUGCGUGCGUGCGUGCGUGUGUGUGUGUGUGUGUGUGUGUGUGUGUGUGUGUGUGUGAGUGAGCGUGCCGUACGCGUGGUCCUGUACCUGUAUUAUUUAGCAGCUCGAGGCAGACGGAGCACUCUUGGGUAGAGUUCAGGUUCCGUUCUGCCUAAGUAGCACAGCGGGGUGACAAACAGACCAAGACAGAAAGUAAUAUACGUUUCUUUGAUUGGGUAGAGUGAGGGGGCGUUGGGGGGGGGGGGGGGGUUCCCACAAAGAGGAAUAGGAGGGGAAAAAAAAAACAGUUUUCAAAAGAAUGAAAAAAAAACAACCUUUAAAAGUGUCUCACGUUGGCAAAGAGGCAGUUCAGCUCGGACCAAAAAGUGUUGUGUUUAACCUGUUGUUUGAGGGGCGCGUGCUCGCCCCAGUGUUCUGUUGUUGAUGGUCGAUGUGGAGAAACCCACCGGGGGCUUAUUGGAGUAUUUCUUCUCGUGUUGUCGAGGCCAGUAUUUCAGUGAAAACUGACCCUUAGAUGCCACGUUCAUCUGUCUGGUUCUCCAGGAGCCUUUCAACAGAAAUGUGCUGAUUUGUGAUCAACACUAGAGACGCUGCCCCCCCCCGCGCGCUUUGAGGACGUGGGGACGUUACUCAUAGCGAGAGCUUUCAAUAGACAGACAACUGAAAGUAGCCGUUGCGUUUGCAACUGACGCAUUCACCUUUUUUACUUACGUGGCUGCCACCUUGUUAGAGACACAUAUUGUGAAACUUGUGCUUUUUCUGCGUAUACCACCAGUAUUAGACAACGGUAGACACCUGUGUGGGGGAGUUCAGGAGCCUUCGGUAAGAGGAGUCGUUCUAUGUGCAGAUCGGAUGCAUCAUUUGUCGGUUCACUGUCCGUGUGAGUGUUGCCUCGUGUGACGCGUUUUGGUUUUAGGACGUCAGGUUUUUCUGUUUAGUUUUGUUUCCCAUGCAGUACGUUUUGGCCAUGAGGACGCAGCUGCAGGAUAGUGUGGGGGUGCAGUGUAGGAAACAAAGGGACGCCCAAUAGAAAAGAUGGAACCCGAAGUGUUGCAAGAUGGGAAGGUGACUGAAAGGAAGCCAUGGUGACUAAAGAUGAUGAUAGUGAUGGUGAUUAGUUGUGAGGGCUGAUGGAGAAAGGCUGACAUGCAUGCAUGGAAGUUUGCAUCACAUGGGUUAUUUAGGACCAGUGGCAGACAUUUGUAUUUGUAUUUUGGGUGUUUGGCGAAAUGCAGUUCAAAGAAGCUCCUGUAUUAUUCCACCCGUACCUGUGCAGACAUGCAGAAAGCUUCACUGGAUACUUUUGACCAAACUGGCAGCAGUUUCCUUUCAACAGUGGGAACAGUGGCUGCACAACCGGCCUUAUGGGAAAUGCCAAAGUGGAAUAUCAUCUUGGAAUACAAUGUUAUUGUUUACAGUGGCUGAAUGUUACCCAUAGGGAUGAAAAUAGCUUUUGAGAUGUCUAUUUGUACAGAUUGUAUUUCAUAAUGCUUUUAUGAAACCCAGAUUACACAAAUAAGCAAGAGACAAAGCAGGAAUAAUAACCAGAGCCCUUGUGAGGUCUUUGGCCGCGUUGCUUAGUGCGUCGUCCACAAUGUCAGAAGUCGGGGACCAAAAUUUUGACUGAUAACGGAUCUUUAGUUUUAUCUUUGGUUUUGGAAAACACAAAGUAGGACAAAGAGCAGUGACUCACAAACCCUCACCCAUGUUCGCCAUGUGACUCAACGCAGUAGACAAAUUGGUAAUAAGCUGCACAGUAGUUUCCUUCUCUGCAUGUCGAGGUUCCAAAGCACUGUUGUCUUUGUUUGGAUCAGGUUAUUUUUCUCAGUGUCUCAUAUUACAGAACUUUACAUACUGUUUCGCCCCGAAUUUUUUAAAUUUGUAUUUAUUUCUUUCCUCCCACACAAGUUCGUAUUAUCUGUAUGGUUAGCAUCACGGGAUUAAUGUGCUAAAAGAAAACAUUCUGUUCCCUUAAAUGUAAGUAUUUUAACAUUUAUUUGUCAGGAAAAUAUGUCACAGAUUACAUUCUACUGCAGGUCUUAAUGAACCUUAGUCAGGCAGGUGUACACACAACAAUAGUUUGACAUAUCUCAGAAUGGAUUCAGAAGGAAAACCGUUUUUGAUGUUUUUUUUGUUUGUUUUUUUGUAUAUUUUAUAGUGUCUCUGUAUUUUUGUUAUGAGAUCAUUUUUAUUGUAUUUAGUUCACAAACAUUUGAAUAUUUUUCAAUAAUUUAUAUUUUAUAAAAGACAAGAGAUGCAGACAGCUGGUGCUUUCAUGGGAAAAUAUAAAUGUAGUGCAGGACAAAAUAAUGUAGCGAUUUCUUUUUGUUUUGUAUUCUUUUUUUAUAUAGAAAAGAGACCUGUCUGCUAGAGAAACAAGGCUGAUGCUGGCCCAUCAAUGAUUUCUGCUGGAAAGGUUUUAUAAACUGUAGCUUCUAUUUCUAAAAUGUACUUCAAAAUGUUAUAAAAUAUAUGUGAACAAAGA